UACACGACUAUACCACACUGCACAUCUUACGUUUUUGGAUGUUUAAGUAGGUAUAUUUAUUAUCUUAUAGGGUGGUUUGUGGUUACUAAAGUUUCACAUCUGUCGUUAUAGUGAUAAGACAUUUUUUUACUUUUUCAUUGAAGCUGGGUGCUUCCAAAAUGUGGGAUACAGGCACGACUAAAUAUGUUUUUAGCAUUUAAAAACUUAAAUGAUGUAGUGCUACUGCAAUUUCAUAGAUUUUCAAAUGAUUUAGUUGUUGCGUAGAGACAAGAAGGUGAAAACAUCCAAAAUGGGUCAAAUUUCUGUUGUCUGUUACUUCUAAAAAAGUUAUUGGUACAUAAUAUGUAAUUUAACGUAUAAUAUUUUUUUAAGAAACAGGGGAUUUUUGUAAGGUUUGAAAGGCACAGUGCGCAAUGUUGAAAAUAGUUAGGCUCUGCUUAUAAUCUGCUUGCAUAUAAAUUUGUUUCUCAUUUUAUUUAGCUCUUCAGCUGUUUGAUAUAGCAUCAGUUAAACCUUUCAGAGAGUAAAAUCUGUCUGGUCUCUUGUAGCUGUACAGCUGCAUAUACACUCACCUAAAGGAUUAUUAGGAACACCAUACUAAAACUGUGUUUGACCCCCUUUCGCCUUUAGAACUGCCUUAAUUCUACAUGUCAUUGAUUCAACAAGGUGUUGAAAGCAUUCUUUAGAAAUGUUGGACCAUAUUGAUAGGAUAGCAUCUUGCAGUUGAUGGAGAUUUGUGGGAUGCACGAAGCUCCCGUUCCACCACAUCCCAAAGCUGCUCUAUUGGGUUGAGAUCUGGUGACUGUGGGGGCCAUUUUAGUACAGUGAACUCAUUGUCAUGUUCAAGAAACCAAUUUGAAAUGAAUCGAGCUUUGUGACAUGGUGCUUUAUCCUGCUGGAAGUAGCCAUCAGAGGAUGGGUACAUGGUGGUCAUAAAGGGAUGGACAUGGUCAGAAACAAUGCUCAGGUAGGCCGUGGCAUUUAAACGAUGCCCAAUUGGCACUAAGGGGCCUAAAGUAUGCCAAGAAAACAUCCCCCACACCAUUACACCACCACCAUCAUUGCAUUAAUGAGAAAUUGAACAGGUGUUCCUAAUAAUCCUUUAGGUGAGUGUAGAAGAGAUGAUAGAAGAUUUAAUCACUUUUUUUUGACUGUAAUAAACUGCAUGUCUAAAUAAAUUGUAUACAAUUUUACAACAUUUUUAAUUCAGAGAUUAAAAAGUACAUACAAUUCUCUGUGGUAAAGCACAGUUGACAGCCCUCUCAGAUUUUGUUAGUGUUGCAUUUACAUGGCAUAUUUUGUGUGGUUCUGUUUGAUUAGACAAAAAAAAGAUAAAAUUUGGUUAUUAAUCUUAUUUUACUUUGAAUGUUUAUGGAUGUGCAGCAGGAAAUUAAAAUUUACCCUGAGACGAGACAUGUUGCUCUCAGAUUUCAUUUCAAGUUGUUCAUGACUAUAUUUAGGUUGGGCAUUAACUCAACAUAUUCACAGGCCAAGUGUGAAGCCUUUGGGUGAUGAAUGCUUUUAGAUAAACUGGACCUAUUCAAGUACUAAAAAAAGUUACUUUUUAGUUCAGGUCGUUUGUAUUCUUUGUUUUUGGAAGUACUAACACUGUGAAUGGUUCUUCUUCAAUAUCUUUAUCUAUUCAAUAAUAACCUGUGGGAUCAUAGUAAAACACAGCAUUCAUUUGAUUCCCACGUGCCAGCAGCUCACUCUCCCAGACCAAGGAUAGGUUAAAAAUAACCCGUUCCAUGUGUUCCCUGUAUACUGUUAUUUAGGACAUCAAGACUUGUUUAUCAUUUUACAAAAAGUGAUUUGAAAAUGUACAAAUUACAGAUUGGUAAAAAUACAUUUUAAUCCUUAAACAACUGUUUGAUAAAAAAUGGGAGACAUGUUCAAUUUGUUUAGUAUUUUAUAAGAAGGUAACCGUUUCAACUUACUAACUGGUUAACAAGGAAUCACAUGGAACACAAAGUUUUGAUGUAAGGAAUAUAAAAAGGAAGGACAAGUUCAGUGUAACUUCCUUGUUUUUACAAAUUGUUUUUAGGUAUCAGACUUUUCUAGAUAGUCAAAUGUGUUUAUUAAUGUACAAUUCAAUUCCAUGCAAGACCAAAAACAACUAAAAUUCAAACAAUAACAAGGAGCAGUGUUUAGGAGCAGACUAUGGUUUUGUAAACUUUGGAUUGCCCAACACAUGACACUUGUCCCAGUUGAAAUAUUCCACCAUUGAAAUCUCACUGUACAGGAAAGUGUAGCGGUGUUAUGUUAUCAUCAUGACACAACACAUAGAUUCAAAGGGGUGGGGGCUUUUCGGUCUCCAAAAAUGAAUCGUGAAAACAAGUGGAUAGGAAUUUGUGCUCUGAUUGGUUGGAGGAAGGGCAUGUAACCGACCGGCCGAGGGUCGUAUAAAGACAAGGGCCACUGUGCCCCAGAACAGAUCUGACAACUGCAAAGACUCGCUUACAGCUGCACAACAGCUUAUUUUUAACUUUACAGUGUAACAGCCACAAAAGUAAUACAGCAAAAGAAGACAAACUGACAUGGAUAUUCAACGAACUGCCUCCUUGUUGGGGACUCCAGGCUCCAUGGAGACCCUCGAGAAACAGCUGAGCUGCCCGAUCUGCCUGGACAUGUUCACCAAACCAGUGGUGAUCUUACCCUGCCAACAUAACCUGUGCCGAGGAUGUGCUAGCGAUCUCUACGACUCCAGAAAUCCGUACCGGUUCUCCGGUGGUGUCUUCAGGUGCCCUACUUGUCGCUUCGAAGUGGUUCUCGAUCGUCACGGCGUACAUGGACUUCAAAGGAAUCUUCUGGUAGAGAACAUAAUUGACAUAUACAAACAGCAACAAGAGGGUGGAGGUGGCAGUGUAACCCAAGAAACGCCUAUAAAACCCAAAAACACCCAGGAGCUAAUGUGCCAAGAGCACGAGGAUGAGAAGAUCAAUAUCUACUGCGUGACCCACCAAGUUCCCACUUGCUCUAUGUGUAAGGUUUUCGGAGAUCAUAAAGACUGCGAGGUGUCGCCACUCGCUAGUGUCUACCAAGCUCAAAAGGGGGAGCUUAGCAAUGCUAUUGACGCUCUGGUGGCAGGGAACGGCCGCCUUCAGGCUUUGCUCAACCAGAUGGAGGAGGCCUGCACGGCCGUCCAGGAUAACACUCAACAGGCUAAGCAGAAGCUUGGUGAACGUUUUGAUUCAUUGUAUGCUGCUCUUGAGGAGCGCAAAAACGCUCUAUUGGAACGUAUUGGUAAAGAACAGGACGAGAAGGUGGCUGCCCUCAGGGCUUUGGCUAGGCGUUACGGAGAUCGUCUUCAAGCAGCCACGGAGUUGACAGACACAGCGGUGCGCACACUGGAACAAAGCGGAGCCGCAGAGUUCCUGCAGGCCUCGAAGAACCUGAUCGUACAGACAAACGAUGCGGCAAAAAGCUCGCUGGCUGAAGAAAGACCAGAGCCGGGCUUUGAACGAAUGGACCAUUUCAUUUUGAAUACAGAUCAUGUGGAGAGCUUGUUGUCUAAGAUGGACUUUGGGGGAGAUGAUGAGGAUGAAUAUGAAGAUGCUGAGGAUGAGGAGGAAGAGGAAUGAACUGGUGAUGAAAUGAGACGUGAGAAAGGACGAGGUCAAGAUGGCUGCAGAUACAAGGACAGUUAACACGACUACAUGGGUUUCUGAAGAUUUUAUGUUUGUAUAUCGCUGCUAAGCAGUGCCAGCAUUUCAACUCAUACUUCAACUCUGUUGUAUUUAGGUGCCAUUUUUAUACUUUUUUAAUUGUUAAUGUCCUUCUGUGGUCACUUUAGAAACUAUCUUUUACACUUUCAUCCAAUAUUCUGAAAUUGAGAGAUUAUAUAUGGUUCAUUGUGAUGUUUCACAUAUUACAUUCAAAAGUUUAUAGAGAGCUGUAUUAUUAGUUUACGUAAAUGUGGGCGUUAUGCUUUAAUAUAAAAUAAAAUGUUUAAAUGA